CCGCUCCCUCCCCUGCGCCCGUCCCCUCCCUGCAGCGCCCGGCGCGGUGUGGGGAGGCGGCCGCUCCGCCCGCCGCCGCCGCCGCCGCCGCCCUGAGCUUUUCAGAAAAUGAUGCACCCUGUUGCCAGCAGUAAUCCAGCGUUCUGUGGGACCGGCAAGAGCUCUUGCCUGAACGAAGACAAUGUGAGGGCUGCGGAUCAGUUUGACCUCUACGCCACACAGCAGAGCAAGUACAGCCACGCAGUCAGCCACAAACCCAUUGCCUGCCAGAGACAAGAUGCCUUGAACGACCCCCACUUGCAGACCACAAGUGGCAGGAAUAUAGAGACAAAAGAUGAACUAAAGAAAAAGAAAAACCUCAACCGCUCCGGGAAACGUGGAAGGCCAUCAGGGACCACGAAAUCAGCAGGGUACCGAACCAGCACAGGUCGACCCCUGGGGACCACCAAAGCAGCUGGAUUUAAGACAAGUCCAGGCAGACCCUUGGGUACAACUAAAGCAGCAGGAUACAAAGUCAGCCCAGGCAGACCUCCAGGAAAAAAGCAGCAAGCCUUCAGGUGUUCCAGUGAUGCCUAACACAUAUUGAGCUGGACUUUUGCUGUACUUUACAAUAGGUGUGUUGAAUUGUUUUGGGGGAACUGUGUAUGGACUGGCAACUAAGACAAUGAACCUCAACUUAUACUGGAUGGCUCCUUAGUCAGUAGAUGAACUAAUGGCAGCUAAAUUGCUACUAAGGAAUAGUUUCUUCAUGCUGAAGCUCUGAAAUCCAGUUGUACGUUCUGUUCCUCUACAAACUCGCAAGUCUGAAAUUUAGCAGUCUCUCUCAGAAGAUGUAACUUCUGACACAUGCAAAAUGCUAACGUGAGUUCAUUCACCCUCAGGAUCUGUGUUGUAUUGGCUAUUUUUAAUCAGAUAAUUUUUCAACAAAAGACUGCUUUAAGUUCUUUCUUGAACUCAGCUGGGCAAGCCGUCCUCUUCAGCUGAAUGUGUAACUGCAGGAGUGUCACACCUCGCUGGCAAGGAACGUGUUGCAUGUCAACCACUGUACCUUGGAGAAACUCCACUCCUUACCUCCUCCUGUUGAUCCUGUUUGCUCCUGUCCGUUCCUCACUUGUGCAUCCACUCAAUGGUGCUGUGCUGUGUGUCAGGAGAUAAUGCAGAUGUAUUGCUGUUCUGCUAGUAUAAUUUGUAUUCAAGUAUGCUGAUGAAAUAAUGAAAUCACCUAAGCAAUUUCUGUUCAUUACAGUGUUUAUUAAUUAUAUCAGAUGAAAUAUAAUCCCAGUAAAAACUAAUUAAUGUUGUCAGUUGUGAAAUGAUGAGCAUCAAAUAGAAAAGUGUUCAGAGAGCCCGCAGUAUGCUGCUUGGCUCUCUGCAUUUAGGAAGGAGAUCAGAAGUGCACUGCUGGUAUUUCCUAAUUCUGCUUUAUUUUAUAUCUGACUAGAGUUUACUGGUGCCAUGCAGUGAAGGGAAAAAAAAGAGGAGAUUCAAAGUGACUAGAAAUGGAAUUUUCAAAUACUUCUGUUCUUCCUAUGUAUACUCUGCAGAAUACAUUGUGCUUUUUUCAACACUUUUUUUUUCCAUGAGAAACACUGAAACAGCAUGUUAAUGCCUAAACUUUAUUAGUACCAAUGGGAAAACUGGCAUUUUCCCCCCAUAGUAUGAAAACAUUACUUGUAAGGUAAAUUGCUUAUUUUAUAUUAUAUAUCAUAAUUCAGCUAUUCAUAAGCUAGGAUCACUGUUGUGUGUUAACACUGUUCAGAAGACCUACAUGUCAAGUUUAGGUUUUAAUAAUUUCUUUUAAUUAUCAAGUUUCUAAUGUCUUAUUUAUACAUAAAUGAAAUGUAUUAGCUUGCUAUUAAUUCCUUAAUGAUGCUAUAAAGUUCACUGUUUAAGAUACAUGUAGUAACUACUAUUCAUUUUCUUGAUUAAAUUUACUUAAACUUUAAAACCAAAUAAUUUUGCUACUAUAAAGUCUUGCACUGGACAGAUUCAAGAUGCUAGCACCAUAUUUUGGCAGAAAAAAAUCAGAUACCAUCAGCAGCUGACUUUGGUAUCAAAGAUGGUAUUUUUAAAAUCAGCACUUAGCUUUGUCAUUAAAGCAAUGUUCUUUAUAUCUUGGAUUUAAUUUAAAAUAAUCAAAUUAACUAGAGCCAUUAAAGAUCUCUCUUCUGAAUGAAAUAUUUUCAUUUUGCCUGAAUGAUCUUAAUGUUCAGUCAGGACACAACCAAGCCUUGUCAGUGAAAAGUGAUGUAUCUUUGAAGAUAAUUACCUGGAACUACAAUACACCGAGCAAUUCAGAUGAGAAUUUAACUCCCUCCCCCAUUUUGAAGAGCUUUAAAAGGCAGAGCAAUGUGAAGUCAUUUGUGCAAUGGUUUCAUUAGCUGUGGCUCUGCUGUUCUUUGUUAUAUGUAUAAUAAUGUUUCACACUACCCUUAGAGUUGACAGUUAAAACAGCUGAUAACAAUCAUAAAUACUUGGAACUGCAAACUUCAUUUCUGAUUACAAAAAGUUUAUUCUUCUCUAUUAUAAUGCAUAUAUUUUAACACCGCUAAAUAUAUUUAUGACUUUAGUACAGACUAGACCUUUCUCCUUGUGACUUUUUUUUGAAAUAGAAUAAUCUGUAUUCUGAAAUUUGAACCACUUUCUGUUCCUUCGAUCUUCCAUCAUUUGCUUUUCCACAGGUUUACUUUGGGGGUUACAGUAAUCUGUUAAAUAACUAGUAUCAGCACCCUGUCCUCUGCUGUAAAAAGCCUGAUUAGAUACUGUGUAUGUUUUUAUGUCCAUGAACUUGAGCUACUCGUGUGCAAUUAUGUGUAUGGGAAUGGAGUAGUGUUCAUGAUCUGUAUUUACAUCAUCAUAUGGAUGUAUAUUUAUUAAUAAAGUUAAUACUUUAAAACCUAA